AUGCGCCCCCAGGCCCCGGCCACCACCUCCCCUCAGAGGCUCCUAGGCCUCCUGUUGCUCCUGCUGCUGCAGCUGUGGGCGCCGUCGAGCGCCUCCGAGACUCCCAAGGGGAAGCAAAAGGCGCUGCUCCGGCAGAGGGAGGUGGUGGAUCUGUAUAAUGGAAUGUGCUUACAAGGGCCUGCAGGGGUACCUGGUCGAGAUGGAAAUCCUGGGGCCAACGGCAUUCCUGGUACCCCCGGGAUCCCAGGCCGGGAUGGAUUCAAAGGAGAAAAGGGGGAGUGCCUGAGGGAGGCCUUUGAGGAGUCCUGGACACCUAACUACAAGCAGUGUUCAUGGAGUUCGCUGAAUUAUGGCAUAGAUCUUGGGAAAAUUGCGGAGUGUACCUUUACAAAGAUGCGUUCGAACAGCGCUCUAAGGGUUCUGUUCAGUGGCUCACUCCGGCUGAAGUGCAGAAGUGCGUGCUGUCAGCGCUGGUAUUUCACAUUCAAUGGAGCUGAAUGUUCAGGACCUCUUCCCAUUGAAGCCAUAAUUUAUUUGGACCAAGGAAGCCCUGAACUCAAUUCAACAAUUAACAUCCAUCGUACUUCUUCUGUGGAAGGACUUUGUGAAGGAAUUGGAGCCGGAUUAGUGGAUAUCGCUAUCUGGGUUGGUACUUGUUCAGAUUAUCCCAAAGGAGAUGCCUCUACUGGAUGGAACUCAGUGUCCCGCAUCAUUAUUGAAGAACUACCAAAAUAA